AACCAAAAAAACAUCAAUCAAAAGACAAAGAGUACAAAAGGAGACAAACUAAAGCAUGGUGCUACUUGACAAGCUUUGGGAUGACGUGCUCGCCGGCCCCUCGCCGGACAAGGGCCUCGGCAAGCUCCGCAAGCUCUCCACCAAACCCACCCUCUCCAAAGAUGGAGGUGAACAGGGAGAAAGUAGUAGCAGUGGGAAGUUUCAGAGGUCCAUGUCCAUGCCUGGAACGCCGGCAACACCAACAACUCCGGUGACACCGACGACACCGUCCUCUGCUCGGAAGGUGAACGUUUGGCGCAGUGUCUUCAACCCAGGGAGCAACCUUGCAACCAAAACUCUGGGCUCUAACCUCUUUGACAAACCUCAGCCUAACUCUCCCACUGUUUAUGACUGGCUUUACAGUGGUGAGACUAGGAGCAACCAUCGUUGAAGAAUUUAAGUAGUAUUGUUAUGCAUCGAUGUAAAUAGGUUUUUAUGUUUCAAGAGAUCGACUUUUCCUUCUUGUUGCUCACUUGCUCUUCUGUGAGUAAUGUGAGUUUUGUUGCCAUGUCAUAAUGAUGUUGCUUAAUUUGUAGUAUUUUGUGUGAGUGCUUGUAGGUUGAUUAUGUGGCUAAUAAAAUAAUAUGAUGUUCUUAUGUUUUUUUAAUAAA